CAGGGACGUGUCUUGUCAACAUUCUGUGGAAAAACUUGGCUAACUGGCUGGCUGACAACAGGACUAGCAGCAGUUUGGUCGCACUUCAUUGACCUCCCAACAAAAAAACCAAGGCACUUUGGGCGACCCCCCAUCAUGAAGGGGUUAUACUGCAGACUGAGCGAAACGCCAGAUGAUGUGAAGUUUGUCAUCCAGGAAACGAAUAUUCCCACAACCCUUGGCAGCCACCAGGUCAAAGUACAAGUGAAAACCUGUGCCCUUAGCCCACUAGACUCAAAGCUUCUGGAAGACUUACAAGUUAAGAGAGACCUGGUGGCAGUUGGAAGGGAGAUUGCUGGCGUCGUGCUCCAAGUUGGGCCCAAGGUGACUUUUUUUCAACCUGACGAUGAAGUUGUCGGAAUUCUCCCCCUGGAUGCUGAGGUGUCUGGGCUAUGUGACGUUGUCCUGAUCCACGAGCAUCACCUGGUGCCGAAGCCGGAGAAGGUGAGCUGGGUGGAGGCGGCGGGCGCGUUACGGGACGGGGUUCGGGCGUACACGGCGCUGCACACCCUCGCCCACAUGGCCGCCGGACACACCCUGCUGGUGCUGGAUGGAGCUAGCCCAUUCGGAGUGCUGGCCAUCCAGCUGGCACACUACCAUGGGGUGAAGGUGUUGGCCUCAGCGCUGUCCCCUGAGGACCAGCUGUUCCUGGAGCAGCUCCGGCCUAGUGUUGCCCGGGUGAUCAACACGUGGGAGGGGAAGGUGGACCUGGUGGAGUCCUGCCUGGAGGAGACUGGAGGGAUGGGCGUGGACAUUGUCGUUGAUGCUGGAGUGAGAUUAUAUGAGGAGGAGCCGGUGGCCCGGCGCCUGCUCCCACACAAGCAUGACAUUAUCACUCUUCUUGGGGUCGGAGGUCACUGGAUCACUGCAGAGGACAACCUGCAGCUGGACCCCCCAGAUAGCCGCAGUCUCUUCCUGAAGGGUGCCUCUCUCUCCUUCCUGAAUGAAGAAGUGUGGGGGGCGUCCAGCGCCUGCCAGGGGAGGUAUCUUCAUAUCAUGAAAGAUGUUGUUGAGAAGCUCACCAGUGGAACUCUGAGGCCACAGUUGGAGGACCCUGUGCCUUUGUAUGAGGCGACUGUUUCCAUGGAGAUGGUGCAGCAGAAGCGAGUCAGAAAGAAGGUGGUGAUUCAGCUCUGAGGAGGACUGACUGUCCCAACAUUCCGCAGUGAGUCAGCAGGUUUAUGGAAUCACUGCACCAUAGAGACAGAAGCUGUGUUGUGCUUCACUACCGACUGUCCUCUUGAAAUUAAUUGUCUGUGUAACUGCAAA